AUGGGCAAGCGCCAAGCGACAUUCUACGAAGUCUCCAAAUUUGACGCGGACUGCAUCCCGCACAGCACCUACUGCGCCUACAACUUCACCGUGGUGCCCGAAUCCUCCAUGUUCCCCACGCUGUGUACCGCCUUCCUCCAGGGUCCCGACUACCUGCCGGCCGUCACCAACGGCACCUGCGACAACAUCGCUUACACGUGGACCGUCAACAAGCUGGCCGAGGGCGGGCUGAACUUGACUAUCAAGACGCCCUUCAAUGCGCGUCUGGAUUUGACGGGCGUGCACGCUAUUGCCGCCGAUGAGAUUGAGCUUGAGAACAAUGGCGCGGUUCGCACGCAGCAUUAUAUCGGGGCGGCGAACUUUACGGUUCCCAUAACUGGUACACCCAGCUCUUAG